GCUUGUAAAGCGCGCGCGGCUCCAGGCAUGGGCUUCCCGCUGCCGCCGCCCCUGCUGUUGGGGCUGCUCCUGCUGCAGGGCGUCCUGAGGCCGCUGGGGGCGGAUCUGGUUUUCAUCCCGUCUUUCAUCCGAAUGUCCGGGUCUGAGGUCAGCGCGUCCCUGGUCGGAGCCACCGAGGGUGUGACCGUGUCCCUGGCCACGCUGCAGGCCGAGGCGGGACUGUUGCCAGUUCCAGCUUGUGGAGUGCCAAGCAAUGAGACGGGAAACUGGAGUGUGACUGUGACCUGUCGUGGUGUGAAUGUGCUGGAAGUGACAGUCCAGUUGAAGCAGGACCUACAGUGGUGUCCCUCUAAUGACACAGAUUCCUUCUCAGAGGUCCCAUGCAUCGUCCAGACGCUCCUGAUCUCAGCAUCUCACAAUUCUUCCUGCUUAGCACAUCUACUCAUUCAGGUGGAGAUUUAUGCCAAUUCUUCUCUGACCCACAAUGCAUCAGAGAAUGCAACUGUGAUACCUAACCAGGCAUAUCAGCCUCUGGGUCCUUGUCCUUGCAAUUUAAUAGCUGGAGCCUGUGACAUUCGCUGCUGCUGUGACCAGGAGUGCUCAGAGGAGGUGAGAGAGCUGUUCAGGCCAGCCUGCUUCACGGGUGUGUUCGGGGGAGAUGUCCGUCCUCUGUUUGACCAGUUCUGCACCGCUGGGACCACUUACCGGGUCUCUGACUGGUUUCCCCUCCUGUGCGUGCAGUCAUCGCCGGCCAACUCGCCCUUCCUGGGCCUCUUCUACCAUGGUGCUGUUUCUCCUAGGCACGACCCUGCUUUUGAAGUCUGUCUUCACUCUGACCUCAGAGACUUUUCACACAAGGACUUUUACAAGCAAGGAGAUCCAAUUCUGACCCCCGACAAUGCAUAUUUUACUGUUCCACAGGUGUCCCUGGUUGGUCAGUGUCUACAGAAUGCCCCCGUGGCAUUCCUCCAGAACUUUGAUAUCAAGUGCACUACGAACUUGGAAGUACUCCCAGAGCGAGAUGACAUCAUCAACCUGAAGAUACGGAGGAGUGCUAUAGGAGGCAUAGUCACACCAGCAGUAAUCUAUGAAGAAGCAAGUGACCUUCACAAAUUCAUCACCAGCACAGAAACACUUUUGAGCAGUGGAUUCUCCCCCCGAAAUGUGAAUGUGGAAGAACAUUAUGUUUUCACGUGGCAUAAUAACACGAUCACUGAAGUAACUGUCAGAAUUGUUAGAGUGGAAAUCAGCACCCGACAGAGAGGAAUAAUGACACAGAGAUUUACAGUGAAGUUUUUAAGCCAUAAUAGAGGUAAUGGAAAGGAAUUAUCUGGAAAUCCAGGUUACCAACUUGGCAGGCCUCUCCGAACGCUGGACACCAACAGGGUGGAUAGUGGUACAGCUUUACACCUUUGGCAGUCAGCUGGAAGGGGUCUGUGUACGUCAGUAACUUUCAGACCUAUUUUAUUUGGAGAAAACGUAUUGUCUGGGUGCCUUUUGGAAGUUGGGAUUCAGGAAAAUUGCACUCAGCUCAGGAAGGAUGUCGUUGACAAACUUCAUUCAUUGAUACAGGCAACUCAUGUGGCAACACGGGGCAACUCUGAUGACAGUGACCUAAGUGAUGGCUGGGUGGAGAUCAUACGUGUCGCCGCCCCCGACGGUGCCAAUCUGUCGGUUAGUGACGCAGGUGGCGCGUGCCUGGACGUCCCCGCGCAGCUCCACAUCCGGGUCCUGGUGGGCGAGGCCGGCGCGGUGGAAGGGGUUGCGCAGCGGGAGGUCGUGGGCGUGGAGACCAGGUUCUCCACGGUGAACUGGCAGUACCAGUGUGGACUUACAUGUGAGGAUAAGGCCAGCCUUCUCCCCAUCAGUGCAUCAGUCCAGUUCAUUCAAAUACCUGCACAGUUGCCCCGCCCCUUGACAAGAUUCCAGAUCAAUUUCUCGGAAUAUGACUGUAAUAGAAAUGAGGUGUGUUGGCCACAACUCCUAUAUCCCCUGACCCACUAUUACCAAGGGGAGCCUCGCUCCCAGCGUGUGGCCAACGGCUUGGUGCUGGUGUUCCUCCUCCUGUUGGCCAUGCUCCUCAGCCACCCCUGGGCCCGAGCGUGCCAGGCUCGGCGUGGGGCUGCUGUGUACCACUAGCUCUUCCUGGAGACUGCGGACUUUACUUCAGUAGGGUAGUCCUACCUGCCUCUCUGUGACAUUUUAAUAAAUGAAAUGCUUUAUUUUUUUAAUAGAAAAUCCUUCUUAAGUGUUCUGUGAAUUGAUUCCUUUAUGUAGCUAGCCAGAUGUUUGUGACAGUGCACAAUGACAUGCUGAUGGCUGGA